GGAGCGCCGCCCCGCCCGCCGAGCCCGCGGCGUCCCGGGACCGGGCCGGCAGCGCCCCAACAGGAACAGGAAGCGGCGCCGCGCCGGGAGCCGGUGAAAGGCUCCGCGGGGCCGCCGGACCCGAGCGCAGGGAGGCCGCUCCCCGAGCAGGCGGCGGAGGACGAUGGGGGCGGCCGCGCUGCUGUGGGCCGCUCUGUGGGCCCUGCUGCUCCCGCGGGUAGCUGCUGAUGAGGGGAUUCUGCAUGCCUCUGGAAGUGGAGUGCCUCCACUAACUAAAGAUUACUGCAUCGUUUACAAUUCUAAUUGGACAGCCCUUCCAAAAACCUUGGACAAUGCUACUUACAGCACUCUGGAAAACCUGACAUCUACAGACCUCUGCAGUUCACCUGAAAUUCCUUCUGCCUUACUGAAAGACAAAGCAGUUGUAGUGAUGAGAGGAAAUUGCACUUUCUUGGAGAAAGCAAGAAUUGCACAAAGUUUGGGUGCCAAAAUACUGUUGAUUGCCAGUAAAUCUAGGCUGUCUGCUAUUUCAGAUAACAAGACUGAUUUUGAAGAUGUGACACUUUCAAUUGCUCUUGUAAGAUAUAAUGACAUAGUAGAUAUGCAGCAGGUGCUUGGAAAUGAAGUUAAUGUGACUCUGUAUUCACCACCUUUGCCAGAGUUUGACUACAGUAUGGUUGUCAUCUUCCUAAUUGCUGUGUUUACAGUGGCACUGGGAGGCUACUGGAGUGGAGUAGCAGAACUUGAGAAUCUGAAAGCAGUAGCAAGUCCUGGGGAGAGAGAAACCCGCUGGAAGAAGGAAGAAAAUGUUACUUUCACCCCUGUAACAGUUAUCUUGUUUGUUGUCAUCUGUUGUGUCAUGCUGGUCUUACUUUAUUUCUUCUACAAAUGGUUAGUUUAUGUUAUAAUAUCAGUCUUCUGCCUGGCGUCUGCAAUGAGUCUGUACAACUGUCUUGCAGCAUUAAUAGGACAAAUCCCAUUUGGGCAGUGCAGGAUUACAUGUUCCAACAAAACCAUUGAAGUGAGGCUUAUUUUUCUUGCUUUAUUCUGCAUAGCAGCAGCUGUUGUCUGGGCAGUAUUUCGAAAUGAAGAUAGGUGGGCUUGGAUUUUGCAAGAUAUUUUGGGAGUUUCUUUCUGCCUAAACUUCAUUAAAACACUGAAAAUGCCCAACUUUAAGUCCUGUGUAAUACUACUAGGCCUUCUCCUUCUAUAUGAUGUGUUUUUUGUCUUCAUAACACCAUUUAUCACAAAGAAUGGGGCAAGUAUAAUGGUUGAAGUUGCAGCUGGUCCCUUUGGAAACAGUGAAAAGAGUGAUGGAAACUUGGUGGAAGUCCCUACUGAACGCUCAGCUCCCCAUGAGAAAUUACCCGUGGUUAUUAGAGUGCCUAGACUUGAACACUCUGCAUCAACACUCUGUGACUUGCCCUUUUCAUUGUUGGGUUUUGGAGACAUUAUUGUCCCAGGACUUCUGGUUGCAUAUUGUCGAAGAUUUGAUGUUCAAACAAGAUCAUCUGCUGUAUACUACAUUUCCUGCACAGUAGCUUAUGCUGUUGGAAUGGUGCUGACUUUCGUUGUUUUGGCACUGAUGAAGAUGGGGCAGCCUGCCCUUCUCUACCUUGUACCAUGUACACUCAUCACAAGCUCCCUUGUUGCCUGGAGGCGCAAAGAGAUGAAGAAGUUUUGGAAAGGAAGCAGUUACCAGGUAUCGGACUCCUCCAGGACGCCUUUGCUACAAGAUGAUGGAACACCUGGAUUACACAGGAAAUGAAGAAAGCACAGCAUCAGCCACUGAACAGCCUGGAGGACAAUAAUAUGUGGGAUCCCGAUUUAAAAUAGCAUUUGAAUUUUUGACAGCUGAAUUGCAGUAAAUUUGGUUAAAUUUUACAAUGGAGUGUUUCCCAUUCUGUGUAAAAGGAUUUUUUAUUCCUGCACCUAUAUUUUUAUGGAAAAUACUGUUAAUAACAUAAAAGUAAUCAAAACAGAGUCACAUUUUUACAGCCAAACCAUAGCUAGUAAAAUCGUGCCUUAAUUUAAAUCAAAGGAUGUUUUCUAUGCAAUUUUCCAACUGCGUUUCUAUACAGUAUAUUUUUAUAAAAGUUGCUUGCCCAUAUCAGCUUAAGUGAAAUGUUCUUUUAAAGUUUUGAUUAAGACUAGUCAGACUUCUUUGAAAAAAAUAAAGUACCCUUCCUAGGAUUUCUUUCCAGAUUUUGAAUGCAAAGUUGGAUAGAAAUGUAACUAUAGCAACUGAAGAAUGAAACUAUAGUUCCAUUACUACAAGUAAUUCAAUAAACAGUGUGUAUAUUGAUGUACAUUGUGAGCCAUAAAAUAAAUAAUAGGGCAAAUUGAAAGUGGAGUCGUGAACUCUUCCUCCCCACUUCUCUCAUUGUAUCACUGGCUAAUGCCUUAAUUGUGAAAAUUGUUAAGCUUUGAUGCAAAUCUUUGGAUUAUAUACAUUUCCAAACAUUUAAAAAUAAUAAAAGAGGGGAGGUACUUACACAUGGUCCUGAAAAAUUCUGUGAAGCUCCUGGAAUAGUUGACAGACAAGGUGGUGUGAAAGGCAGGAGGUUUUUUGCUCAGUAACUACUAUUUCAAGGGAUGGGAUAAAAUGUUAACACUGGCCUCGUUCUCUCACCUGUUGAGAGUAGGUGUGUAUUUGUGGUCUUCAUUUGGCUCUGGAUCAGUUCAGAAGGAUAGGGGAAGACAGGACAGAUUUUUUUACCUUUUGCAUCUGCAUCAUACUUUUUUUGAAGUAUUUUUGAAAAUUCUUUGCAAUUGAUAGACAAAACAGGUUUGAAUAGUACUAGUAGUACUUGUGUUAGCUAAGGCAAAUGCAUGUGUUUAACUUGUUUAAUCUUAAUUUGUUUUUGCUUUUAAAGACUUGGAAAAAGGAUAAGUAGUUUAAAUCAUUAGUUUGCGUUUAGAAGAGUUUGAGUUUGACACCUGUUCUUUUUUCAGGAAACUGCUAAUUGAGGGGUAUUAGGCAUAGAAAAUUUGUAUAGCUGUAAUGCUAAUCCUUGACACCAAAGAAAACUGGAGAAGGCAACAAGGGGAGACCACUGGGUUCACUUAGUAUGACUGUCAGGUAGUUGUUAAAACAUUUUUCCUAUUCUUUAAAUGAAUGUCAUUCUUAUAGCAAGUACAAGUUCAAGAACCCUGGAGAAAACAACUGAGUAAGCACAUGCUGGGCAGUGGCAAUGGAGGCUUUCCUGCAGUGCCUCAUGCAAGUGCCUGCUUUAUUUGAAGGUCACCUCUAGACAUUUCUAGUCAGUUUGGGGCAUGUCAGCUCAGGAAAAUUUACCCUGAUUAAAUCUAGUUUAGCUAGAUUUACUUUGGAAGUAUGUUAAUUAAGACAAUUGAAAAUGUGUAUUGGCAGUUAACAAAGGCAACUGCAAAUUAACUGCAAAUUUACCUAAUUUAUAUCAAGUUUAAACUUUUGUUUGCAAGAGUCAGGAGCAGACAAACUGACAGCCUGGAUAUCAGUUGUUGCCAUUCACAGAGAUUGAGCAUGGUGCCAGUUGAUACGGGUAAGAUAACUCACCUUGUUUGCAGCUUCCCUAAGAAAACAAAUUACAAGCAGUUUUUGUACGUUAGUAGUUCCCCCCUUGACUUGAGCUUGAACUGACAGCCUCAGAAUACAGUGGUCAUCUUCUGGUUUAUUUAACUGGUAUUUCAUAAUAAAUUACAGCAUACCUCAAUAGCAGAUUGAAAAUGUGUCUUCAGAUGUGUUAUGUUCUUUGACAAGUCCAAUAUCUGCCAAAGUUCAGUGAUUUUGAAGAAGUUUCUGAAAAUUCCUGAAGCAGAUAAAGAAGUCAUAACUCAUUCAAAGUUAUGUACAAUUGAAAGCCCUCAGAAGCUUCACAAACCUAUGUAAGAUGAUUUCUUUGCCUCUUUGAAAUCUUCCACAUGGAGGAUUAAUUAAAUUUUCAGCUAUAAGUGAUAAUGAAAUUAGUAAAAAUAAAAAAGACCUUUGGCAACAUAAGUGUAUUCAGCAGCUGGCUGUGGAAGCUCUGUCUUGUUCUGUGCCUAAUAAUGCUCCAUGCCUGAUCAUGCCUGAGGUUUCACACGUGCUGCCAUUUAGUGGCAUGUAAACUAACUUUUUUUUUCUUUCAAAUGCUUAGGUGCUUUGUUUACAAAAAUUAUGAAUGGAGUUUAAAAUUUUAUAUAAAUAGUAGGUUAGUAUUGACUACUGAGAUGAGGUUUUCUAAGUUCAAUAGAACUGAUUGCAACACUUCUAGUAAUUUUGAAUGUUUUUAAUGUUAAAUUUGGUUGAGCUAAACACUGUUAAAAGCCUUGUUAGUCAUACUUUAAUAGAAAAAUCUUACUACCUUUUCAUUGUAUGUUUACUGAAAACAGCCCCCUUCCUUUUGACUCUUAAGUUAUCACCUUAAAAAUGUUAUUAAUAAAUGUUACUUGGGGAAAAAAUAGCUGAGUAAUUGCUUUGUUCUAACUUAUCCCUUUCCUACUGUGAAUGUUCAUGGCAAAACAAUUAACACAUCAUAAUACCAAGUAAAUUAAAAUCCAUGAUGCACCCCCAUGAA